ACACCUUUUCUAAUCCAAAUAUUCCAUCAGAUUGCGCGCAAAUGCAAUUAUUUAUAACAUAAUUCUCUUGGAAGGUAGUGUGGAAUAAAGAACUGCAAUACAAUGGUUGGACAAUCCAUGGAAGAAUAUGACGAGCUUCAGGCUCAGUACGAGUAUGAGCAAUAUGUUUGGAGACGUCGAAAGGUUGUUUGUUUUUCAAUGUUUAUCAUUGUAUAUCUGGCCUUGAUUGUUACAACGACCACAAUUGCUGGCUUCAAUAGGGAAACUGUAACGCUCAUGGGUGUUGGAUUGGCUCUUGUGUUCAUAGUUGUAUUUUUCUGUACCGUCGCUUAUAUACAUGUACACAACUUAACGUGCAAUAUCUUUGAAAGAGCCAGCAUUUGUUACAAAAGACUAAAAUCAUUUUGUCAGAAUUUGAAAUCCAAAGUGGACGAAAAAAUGAUUUGGCGAAGUACUAUAAGUUCGGAAACAACAUUGGACUAUGACGAAAUAAAUUCGAAUAACGCUGGAACUGAAUUUGCGUCACACCAAUCGGGAAAAGAUGGCGAAGACGAGUCCACACCCCUACUUUUUAUUCGCUCGUAUUGACGAAUGAAACAAAAACUUAUAAAUCAGACAAUAAUUUGAAAAAGUAAACAAAGUUUUUGGGGACGAAGCUUUUAAUUUAUAUUUUCAAUUAAUUUCAUGUCACGUAUUCUAAAAUAUAUACAUGUAUAUAUAAAGGCCAGGAUUACAAGGUAAAACGUUUAUUCGGAAAACUCUUACUUAGAAGAGUAUAUGCUUAUAGUUUCAAAAUUUAUUUUAAAAUAUCUUGAUAACUGGGUCCCAAGACCAAUAUAGGUGUUGUCGCAAUAUUAAACAAUAGAUCGGUUUAUAAAUUACGAGGCAACUUUGG